AUGGUUCACCUCCUAGAGCUAUUUAAAGCCAUGGAGUCUCCUGUAAUGAUUGAACAGUGGCAGGAGGGUGGUGACUCCCUUAAUCAGUACCUGAGCAAGGCGGCACGUGGGAAAAUUAAUAGCCCUCACAACCAUCCUAAGGGACUAGUUGCCAAUGGGACAAAAGGGCAGGCUGAAGGCCACCCCCCUGAAUUACCAAGUACCAAGGCCCAAAAACAUGAGGGGGAUUCUUCCAUGGUUGCUAGGGAUAGAUAUGUUCUGCCUACCUUAGAGGAGGCUGAUGUUCAAAAAGUAUUCGGGAGGCGAGGGUCCUCCUUUCCAGUCUUCUUUGUGGAAUGA